AUGAAGCUUGACCUACAUGGGAUGCCCUUGGUACCCCAGCCGUCUGACGACCCGUCCGACCCGUUGAACUUCGCUCAAUGGCUGAAGAUUGUCAUCCUCCUCCAGCUAUCCAUCAUGGCCCUCCUUGGACCAUUGAACCAGGCAGUCAUUAGUACCCUCACUCACACAUAUGGCAUUAAUCUCGAAAUCCCGGGAGCUUACGUGCCUCCGGCCGCCGCCCUCGGUAUUUCGACAGUGGAAGCAAGCUAUCAGACCACUAUUGCCAUCGCAUUCGCGGGAGUUGGGUCAUUCCUAUGGGUUCAUUUGGCCAAUACUUAUGGGCGACGUCCGGUCAUGCUAUUAACAACAUUGAUUGCGGCUGCAUCAAGCUUAGGCUCAGGCAAAGCAAAAAAAUGGAGCCAACUCAUUGCAGCCAGGGUAUUCAACGGCAUAGGGACGAGUUCAUUCUUCAAGUCAGGAGCAGGAUUAGUCUCGGACUGCUUCUUCCUUCAUGAAAGAGGCCGUGCCAUGGGUGUCUUUACUCUUUUUCUUACCAACUCGGCACAUGUGGCUCCCAUUCCCGGCGGAUUUCUCGGACAAUACGUGAGCUAUGAGUGGUGCUAUUAUCUCCCGGCCGUUCUGGAUAUUACUAUGUUUGUGGUAAUGCUCUUCUGCCUACCGGGACACUUUAUCAUCGCGAGCCAGUUCAAGCUUAAAUAUCCAUCCGUCAGCACCACAGCAGUGUAUUAUUCGUACACGUUUGCUUUAGGCUCGAUUCUUCCAGCUGUUACCUCGGCCACACUGUUUUCUCGUCUCUAUAAGUUUACGCCCUCUCAAACUGGCCUCGCGUUUGGCGUAGGAACCUUGAUCGGUUCGACAGUGGGUGAACUCCUUGGAGGUAUUGUUGUGGACCGUAGCAUGUAUUUGAGCCGAAAGAGGCUGCCAGGCGCAGGUGUUGUGCCCGAGGUUAGGUUGCAUGGGAUCUGGUCGGGAGCUGCCCUUCAUGCAGCAGGUUUGCUGAUCUGGGGAUUUACCAUCGCAUGUCGUACACCGUGGAUUGGUCCCACCAUAGGCUUCAGUGUCAUGUGCUUCGCCAUCUAUUAUGCAGCCGACUGCUACAGACCGCAGACCACCGAGAUAGCACAAGUGUUCAACUUUGGUCGCCAGACGUUUGGUAUGACCGUCGGGUUUUGGGCCAUCAUCGGUGGCGAUAAUUUAGGCUACUAG